UUUUUUUGUGACAAGCAAGCAGGAUUUUUGAGCAUUCAAAUCGAUUUUUCGAUCCCUUUGCCCUAGCUUGCCUUGGACAGUUUGGUUAGUUCAAAGAAGAUGUUUGCUGCGAGACGUUUGUCUGGAGUGCUCCGCGGCAAUGCCGUGCGAUGCCUCAGCAUCCAGGGCCAGAAAAAUGUACCUCGUCUCGUUUCAUCAGCCCAGGCUCGAUGUGUCUCGACCGCACUCACUGGGGAUCGAUCUUUUCGAUUUCCUUUUUCACAGUCAAGGCUGAUGGGAACAUCUUCUCUUCCAGACCAUGAGAUCAUCAAGCUGCCUGCCUUGUCCCCGACCAUGGAAAUGGGAACUAUCGUUGGAUGGGAGAAAAAGGAGGGCGAAGAGAUUGAGGAGGGUGAUGUGCUUGCUCGCAUUGAAACGGACAAGGCUGUAAUGGAGUGGGAAGCAUCUGCACCUGGCUUUGUCGCGAAAAUUUUCAUCCCGGAGGGCAGCAAGGAUGUUAAGCUUGGUACACCAUUGUGCGUCAUCGUAUCUGAUGAGUCCGAUGUUGCUGCAUUUAAGGACUAUGCACCCCCAGCAGGUGGUGACAGUGGAGCUGCUGCCCAGGCUGCCGCACCAACUGCAGCAGCACCAACUCCCGCUACUCCAGCAGCGACAAGCACUGCUGCUCCUCCGCAGGCUGCUCCAGUGGCACCUCCAGCCGGUAGCCCGUCGCGUAUCUUCGCUAGUCCAUUGGCCAGAAUGACCGCUGCACAGCAGAAUGUCGACCUGUCCGCUGUUGCAGGCUCUGGUCCAGGUGGACGCAUUCGUCAGGCGGAUGUUUCUACCGCGGCGCAAUCAGCUGUUACUACACCUGCGCCUGCAGCACGGGCUGGCGAUCGCUAUGCUGACUUGCCGUUGAGUAACAUCCGCAAAGUCAUUGCCCGCCGCCUCACCGAGUCCAAGCAAAGUAUCCCGCACUAUUAUUUAUCCGUGGACGCGCACAUGGACAACGUCCUCGACAUUCGUGCUGACCUCAAUAAGUCCCUUGACGGCCAGGCAAAGCUCUCUGUCAAUGACUUUGUAAUCAAGGCUGCUGCCCUGGCGUGCAUGAAGGUACCGGAAGUCAACUCGUCAUGGCAGGAUACGUUCAUUCGUCAGUACAACAAUGUGGAUGUUAGCGUGGCUGUGGCUACUCCCACCGGCCUCAUCACGCCCAUUGUGUUUGAUGCCGACCGCAAGGGCCUGCUCUCGAUCAACCAGGACGUGAUGCGCCUGGCCGAGAAAGCCAAGAGCAACGCCCUCAAGCCGGAGGAGUUCCAGGGCGGCACGUUCACCAUCUCCAACCUGGGUAUGUUCGGCGUCAAGAACUUCACGGCCAUCAUCAACCCGCCGCAGUCCUGCAUCCUGGCCGUCGGCGGCACGGAGAGGCGUCUGGUGCCGGACGAGAGCAGCGAGCAAGGCUACCGCACGGCCCAGGUGAUGUCGGUCACACUCAGCUGCGACCAUCGCGUCGUGGACGGUGCAGUCGGUGCCCAGUGGCUGGCCGCCUUCCGCAAGAACCUAGAACAGCCCAUGUCAAUGAUGCUAUAGAUAGAGUACAUCGAGAACAAAAUUUCAGAACUCUAAAUACUUAAUGCAGGUGCUAGCCUGACUUUGUUUAUUUUUAAUUGAUAAAAACUUUUAGAUGUUGGCUCGUUUUAUUCUGAAUUAGUCCUGUGACUGUGUACACCUGUUCUGUACUUCAUGAUUGUAUUUUUCGCCCAUGACAUCCACUUGCUGCGUGUGGCCAGUGUCAACGCAGCUCCGAUA